UUCUAGUUGUAAUGGGACAGGGUUGGGGCACUACAAGUCCCAUCAGCCCCAGCGCUAUAUAAGGAAGUAGUGAGGUUUGUUUGCUCCCUCAGUUCCCUUCCUUGAUCGUGUGUUGUGGAUGUCGUGUGUGUUGUGGAGGCGGCACAUUUAAAUCUUCAAAGAUUGAGCCCUUCUGAAGGAUUGUAGCAGAUAAGCAGUUAUGUUAACGUCAUGGAGAGCUGAGCAUAUGUUACAUACCAUUUAGGAGUGUUUUUGCCGGAUUAUUGCCUGACUGAUUGUUGCCUGAGCGUCAGUCAGAAAUAUUGGAUGUUUGAGGUACUGUUUUAUUAAAGGGAACUUGUAAUAAUGUUUUCUAUCUGUGCAUAAUUUAUAUUGGGUUUUAUUUUGUGUUUUUGUAUAUUGUAUAUAAUUCUCUGUUGUAAUUAAUUGUGUUUCCCCUUACAGGGAUGCACGGUUACCGUUUACUUUAGAUUGAAUUUUCUUUGGUUUAUUUAUUAUUUUGUCUGAUGCUGGAUCAAGUGGGAAAACCCUUGACCGUAAAAUAAGAGUGAUGGUCUAAUGGUGCUGACUUGCUUGUCCUACUGGCAUUACCCACAGUUAAUUUGUUUUUCUUUCCUUUUGUAGAUUUCUUUUUAACCCAAUGAUGGCUGCUUGGUUACCCUCACUGAAUGGAUGGCGGUGGUGAGGUGGCUGGGAUCGCGUGGUGUUGGUCACUUUAUUUGUAUUUUUACCUUUAGGGUUGCAGUGUGAUUGCUGUGAGUUUUGCUGUGGUGAGAGCACUUUCAAGACUACUGCCUUCACGAUAUAGGUAACCUGUGGCCAUUUGUGGGUUGUUGUUUUUGUUUUUUUUGUUUCUAGUUUUCAUUUAUUAUUUUGUGGGUAUUUGCUUUUAAGGACUUAUUUUCUUUAACUGCUAAAUUAUUUGAAUAAAAAUGUGCCUAUUGAUGGAAACUGCACAACCGCCUUGCGCCUGAUUAUUUACCCCUUGUGGGUCAUGUUACAAUUGGCGUAGUCGGCAGGGUACUUUUGUUUGGCGAAGGUGGUUGUGUUUUCUGGCAUAUUUGUGUUUUUUUUUUUUUUAUAUAUAUAUAUAUAUCAUUCAAGUAAACGGUAAUCGUGUGUGAAGACGAGCAUCGCAGUCUCCGUGGGACCAUUUUCACCUUUCUUCGCUUUGAACUUUCCCCAUUCAUCAACAGACAUGGAACAAGAAAUAAUAGACUUGCGGGAGCAAAUACGGAACCUGCAGGCACAAAAUGAGCAGCUGACGAGAGAGCGCCCCCCGGCCAGUAGCAGCGCUUCUAACCAACCGCACCCUUCUGUGGCUAAUCCCAAUGCUUCAUCUCCUUUGUCUUUUAGUAGGGUACUAUAUGUCCCCCGGGAGCGGAAGUGCCCACGUUUUUAUGGGAACAUGGACUCUACUUUGAGUAUUGAAGACUGGACUGAGGAGGCUGAGGUGUGUAUUGAGGGCAGGGGUUGGUCUGAUAAAGAAAAGGUGGUGUUUUUGCUUGACCAUCUGGGGGGGGGGGGGGAAGCCAGAAUGGAGAUAAAACUCCGCUCACCAGCUACUAGAGAAUCCCCAAAGUCUGUUUUUGAUAUUUUGAGAGAUUUGUAUGGGGGGAGACAGACAUUUGUGCAAUUACAACAAAGGUUUUAUGAACGUAAACAAAAAGAAGGUGAAUCUUUUACUGAAUUUUCCCAUGCCCUGAUGUCCUUGAUGGACUUGAUUCUCAAUAGCAACCCAGGCAGUGUUCCAAAUUCUGAUAGAGUGCUUCGUGAUCAGUUUGUUGAACAUGUUCGAGAUGUGAUGCUGAAGCGUGAAUUAAAGCGAUUGGUAAGGGAGAAGCCAACUUCUACUCUACUAGAGGUUCGAAGUGAAGCUCUUAGGUGGGUGGAAGAGGGGAAUAGAGAAGCAGCUGCUUCAUAUGUUCAGCCAUGGUGUAACGUUACUCAAGGCCGGGUAGUUGAGCUUGAACCUAAGGUUAGAGUUCAUGAGUCUACAGAAUUAAAAGAGAUUAAAGACAUGUUGAGACAGCAACAAACCCAAAUCAUUGAACUGACCCAGCGUCUUGAUAGCCUUAUGUCUCAAAAGAAUGAACCUUUUGUUAAUGCAACUCGGCAAAAUAACUCAAGACGGUGCCUUCGCUGUAAUAGAGUUGGGCAUAUAGCCAGAUAUUGUCGACAACCAUGGCCCAUAGAGUCAAACCCUAGAUCCCCUCAGGUGAAUGUAAAUGAGACAUCUGUUGGGGAGCCUGACAGUGUAGCACCUGCAGUAUUGAGUCAGGUUAUAGGAGAUAGUGAAGCUUCACCAUCACCUUGUUGCCCUACCAUCUUACAGCGUCUUGUGGGCAGAUGCCCUGUUGUAAAUAUCCAGAUAGGGGGGGUGGAGAUUUCAUGUUUACUAGAUACAGGGUCAAUGGUGACCACUGUAACCCAGUCAUUUUUUGAGAAGCAUUUCCGACAAGGAGUAGAUGCACUUAAAAAAUGUAGUUGGCUUCAAUUAAAAGCAGCUAAUGGUCUUGAGAUUCCAUAUGUUGGAUAUUUUGAAACCGAUGUGACUGUGUUGGGGCAAACCCUUUUGGGGCAGGGCAUUUUGGUUGUUAAAGAUCCCGUCGAUACUUUGUUCCAUCAGAGGAAAGAACUGACUCCUGGCCUUUUAGGUAUGAAUGUUAUUGGACAGUGUUAUAAUGACCUGUUUGAAAAACAUGGCCCAGCACUAUUUUCAGCUCCACAGGUCAGGCAGACUGAGUUAGGAUGGAGAGACGCCUUUUCACAGUGUCACCGGGCAGAUGGUUCCCCUUUUCCUGGAUUCAUUGGUUAUGUGAAAGUGCAGUCUUGCCAUCCUGUGCAGAUUCCAGCUGGCACCAUGAGGUUAGUACCUGCAUUGUGCCCUAAAAACAUAAAAAGUUGUACAGUCUGUUUUUUAGAACCCCAGGAUUUCAGUGAGGGGGGACUGCCUGCUGGAGUGUUAAUAUCACCUUCCCUACUGCAAUGUACACAAGGGGUAGUGCAUGUACCGGUAGUUAAUGUUGGUACAGAACCUUUAUAUUUGCCACCAAGAAUUAGACUGGGUAGUUUGGUUGAGGCUGAGGUGGUCAUAAGAUCAGAUCAAGACAUUGUGUUUAAGGAAGAUCUACCAUGUGAUCCUAAUACUGUGACUGUUCAGUGUCAAGCUAUUACAUCAAUGUUAAACAUUGAUGUCCAAGGUUUAAAAUUGCCUGGGCUUACAGAGGCUGAGAAAGAGGAAGUUGUGAGAUUGCUAACAAGAUACUCUGACGUCUUUGCUAAGCAUGAUAUUGACCUGGGGUGCACAAACUUAAUAGAGCAUCAGAUUCCGUUAAUAGAUGAAACACCGGUACGCCAGCGAUAUCGUAGAAUUCCUCCUAGUCAGUUUGAGGCAGUGAAGGCACACAUAAGACAAUUGUUGGACAGUCAAGUCAUUAGGGAGAGUUGUAGCCCAUAUGCCUCACCAAUUGUAUUGGUGCAGAAGAAGGAUGGCUCUCUGAGGAUGUGUGUCGACUAUCGCCAACUCAAUGUCAGAACUCGCAAGGAUGCCUAUCCCCUACCAAGGAUAGAGGAAUCACUGGAUGCCUUGAUUGGAGCUAAGUGGUUUUCGACUUUAGAUCUGGCUAGUGGAUAUAACCAGGUGCCAGUAGCUGACAAUGACCGUGCUAAAACUGCCUUCUGCACCCCAUUUGGUCUCUUUGAAUUUAAUAGGAUGCCUUUUGGGUUGUGCAAUGCCCCAAGCACAUUUCAAAGGUUAAUGGAGCGAAUUUUUGGGGAUCAAAGUUUUCAGUCUUUAUUGCUCUAUUUGGAUGACGUGAUUGUCUUCUCAACAACCAUUGAGCAACAUCUUCAGCGACUUGAGCUGGUGCUGGAUCGUCUGAGACAACAGAACUUGAAGAUAAAACUCAGUAAAUGCUGCUUCUUUCGGCCAGAGGUGCGUUAUUUGGGGCAUGUGGUCUCUUCUACAGGGGUUAGUACAGACCCAGAAAAGAUCUCGGCUGUAGCUAAAUGGAAUCGUCCGCAAAGCCUUCAAGAACUUCGAUCCUUCCUUGGCUUCGCUAGUUAUUAUCGGCGGUUUGUUAAAAACUUUUCACAUAUUGCGGGACCUUUGAACACAUUGGUGGCAGAAAUGAUUAGGGGACAGAAAAGUAAACGACCAAAGAUUAAUCUGGGGACCAAUUGGACUGACCCAUGUGAAAAUGCUUUUCAGACGCUUAAAACGGCUCUAACAAAUGCUCCAGUCCUUGCCUAUGCUGAUUUCAGUAAGCCCUUCAUCUUGCAUGUUGACGCAAGCCAUCAAGGUUUGGGUGCAGUCUUAUCUCAAGAACACGGAGGCAAAUUUCGACCAGUCGCGUUUGCAAGUCGAGGUCUGCGACCAUCUGAACCCAACAUGCAGAAUUACAGCUCAAUGAAGUUGGAGUUUUUGGCUCUUAAAUGGGCUGUUUCCGAAAAAUUUCUAGAGUAUUUGCUGGGUCAGAAAUGCCUGGUGUUUACAGACAAUAAUCCACUCAGUCAUUUGCAGACAGCGAAAUUGGGAGCGUUGGAACAACGAUGGGCUAACCAGCUUGCAGACUUUGAUUUAGAGAUUAGGUAUAAGCCUGGACGUUCUAAUGUUAAUGCUGAUGCUUUGUCUAGAAAAAUUUUUGCAUCUGUAGCUGAAUUGGUUAUGACCACUGGUUUACCAAAGGAACUUUAUCAGCAUGUCCAUGAUGGUCAACGCGUAGUCGUAAGCGAAACAAUUUCUGCCCUCCCCGAACAGCCUAGAGAAAAUCUUAGUGUUCUGCAAGCAACUGACCCCAUUAUUGGGCAAUUCCUUGUCUAUUGGGAUCGUCAAAGGCCACCAGAUGCACAGGAGAGGGGAUCAGAACCAUCAGAAGUGCUGGAGUUGGUGAGACAGUGGGAGAGGUUGGUCAAGAUCGAGGGCAUACUGUAUCGGAGGUUCUGUCCCCAAGAGGAACAUCGUGAAAUUCGUCAGGUUGUGUUACCAGCUGUUCUCAGGGAAAGAGUCCUUAUAGGUUUGCAUGAUGACCAUGGUCACCAAGGAAUCGAGCGGACAGCAAGUUUAGUGAGAUCUCGAUGUUACUGGCCUGGUAUGUUCAAAUUCAUUGAGGAAUGGUGUAAGAAAUUUCAGCGCUGCACCCUGGCCAAGGUAGUACGACCAAAAGUACGAAGUUUUAUGGGGCACCUGAUGGCAGAGAGGCCAUUGGAUAUUCUGGCCAUUGAUUUCACGCUGCUCGAACCUGCAUCAAAUGGACUUGAAAAUGUAUUGGUGAUGACUGAUGUUUUUUCAAAGUUUACACAAGCCAUCCCAACUAGAGACCAAACGGCAUCAACAGUGGCACGGGUUCUAGUGGAACGUUGGUUCCACCUAUUCGGGGUCCCACGACAAAUUCAUUCGGAUCAAGGUCGGUGUUUUGAAAGUAGGCUGAUUCAAGAAUUAUGCCGGCUGUAUGGGAUUUCAAAAUCUCGUACCACGCCCUACCGACCGCAAGGGAACGGUCAAUGCGAACGUUUUAACAGAACAAUGCAUGAUUUGCUGCGUACCUUGCCUCCGGAGAAGAAAUGUCAUUGGCCAGACCAUCUUGCUCAGGUAGUAUAUGCUUACAAUACCACAGAUCACCAGUCUACGGGAUAUUCCCCUUACGUCCUGAUGUUUGGACAACAGCCCCAUUUACCUGUUGACUUUCUGUUGGGAUUAGAUAACCACGUCCAGAGUGAAGUAGACUGGGUGGUGGACCAUAAAAAUAAUUUGGAACAAAUAUUUAGUAAGGCCCGAGCCCGCCUUCAAUGUGCCACAGAACACCGUGCCCGAUCAAACGACCUUAAGGUACGUCAUGGACAAUUAAGGGAAGGUCAAGUUGUGUAUCAGAGAGCCCAUAACAUAAAAGGCAGGAAUAAGAUCCAGGAUGCCUGGGAUCCAACCCCCUAUAAAGUGGUCCGGUGCCCAGAUGGACAUGGAGCUGUGUAUGCUAUUGCCCCUGCAGAUGGAGGUGGUAAUAUUAGACACAUUCAUCGUUGUGAGUUGCGUCCUGCUUAUACUCCCUCAAAUGAUCCUGGACUUCUAGAUCUAUUUGACCAUCAGGAAACUUUAAGAGACGAAGGCAUGGUAGUUUUGUCUCUAACGCCUGAGGAUGUAUCUGCCCAGGACCAAGUUAAUACGUCUCCACCUUUACAGGAAGAUAAUACCAACUUCUGUACUUCAGUAGUAGAUCAUGCAGAGAACCAUCAGCCUCAACAACAGGAGGAAGCUGUAGUAAGGCGUACAAGGAGGGCAACAGCUGGAUGUCAUUCUAACCCAUAUCGUCUACCUCGGUCAGUCCCUAUUACUGAAGUCCAGAUUAAUGACCAGGUUGCUCUCCCUAUGAUGUCCAGUAAUGGUUUGAACGUAAUGUUCCGCCCCUGGUUGUAG